GAUAAAUAUUCAAAACAACUAUCGGUACAGUGAGUAUGAGACUAUUGCCCCCACUUUUCCCUUAAACCGUGGCAGAGUCCAGGAGAGAUAUGCAGAACAAAAGAAUGGCCGUUAACGAAGAACAGAAACGGAGCCCCAUAAGCCAAAAGAUCCCAUUAGCAGAUUCCAAUGUCCAAAACAUGGUCACCCUUUUAUCCCCAAGGUUCAAAUCUGCAGCUGCUAUGGCUGGAUGGGAUGAAGAGGCAUUGUUAUUGGCCAGCCUCAUCGUUGAAGAUACGCCAGUUAGAAAUUCCAAGCACAAGAAACGCCCUCCUCUGAAUUCCAGUUCUCCAUCCACCAACUCAUCAAGAGCUCGGAGGACUUCACAACAACCAAUCCCUGUAAUUCUUGAUCUUGAUGCAGAAGAAACUCCCAAAAAGGAAAGUGGGAGAAAGAAGGAAGAAAGGGCUUGUGUAAAUAACGAGGGAAGCAAAGGAGCAGGAGAUGGGAAUGAAUCGAAAAAGAAGAACCCGGGUGGCCCUUCUUCUAGUUCUGCUUUACCCUGCAUUGAUAAACUUAGGGACGAGCUUUCAUGUGCUAUUUGUUUGGAAAUAUGCUUUGAGCCAAGUACCACUCCUUGUGGUCACAGCUUCUGUAGAAAAUGUCUACGAUCUGCCGCAGACAAGUGUGGCAAAAAGUGCCCCAAAUGCAGGCAAUUAAUAAGCAAUGGACGAUCAUGCACUGUAAACACAGUCCUCUGGAACACAAUCCAGCUCCUGUUUCCCCAAGAAAUUGAGGCAAGAAAAGCAGUGGGGUCCUUGAAUAGUCGCGAACAAGGUAAAAAUCUGAGUCCUGAAACAGCAUUUUAUGCUAACCUAAGGAAUAGAAGCAUACAACGUUCUGGUGGGGCUUCAAGCAGAAACAAUUCAAGGAGGGGUGUGGCAGUGACAUCAACAACACAGGAGGAUGAGGAUGCUGCAUUGGCUAGAAGGUUACAUAGAGAAAUUAAUGAAGAAAGCCCAGGAACAACUCGAAUGAGGACAAGACGAGGGGUUCCUACUAGCCAACAUCAGGAUGCAGCUUUGGCUCUAAGGUUGCAGAGAGAAGAGUUCAUCCAAACUUUUAGGGAGAGUAGCCAGGAACAGACUAUUAGGCUACCUUCAUCGUCUUUUGCAAGAGAAAAUUUGAGGGCUAUGGCCUCUAGAGCCAUGAAUCCGAGGACUCGUGACAGAAGAUGAUGAUCCUCCUCGGGUGAAGGUGCUGAAAAAUAUUUUGAACCAUGUGAAUUUUUCUUUCACAGGACACUGUUAACCAUGAAGCACAUGUUGUGUAUUGCUUUUGGUUUUCAAAAUGAACUUUGAAAACUCAAUUCAGUAAACUAAAACUGUUGUGUUGAGCAUUUUAAGUUGUAUUGUUUGACCAUGGAGCAUUUUACAAUAACUAUUUAUAUUUCUAUGUCAUUUUAUGGUGAUCUCAUAAUUUGAAGUGCCAUUGUUUUGGUUUUGAAUUGAGGGUUCAAACUAAAUUGUGCAAACUCAACCAGCAUUC